GAUUAGUUUUAUGUAAGAUGCCAUUCCACCACACACACACACACGUACGCGUAUGUGUAUGUGUAUAGAUAUAAAUAAAUAAAUCUGUUGAUCAUUUGUUUGCCUUCUUUCUCUGAUUCCAUAAUUGCAUUCACAAAGUGUCAGCUCAUAACAAAUACCAUCGCAUUUCUAAAUUGUUUAUACUAUUCAAUUAUUAGAGGCUUAUUAUAAAAGGCCUACACCAACAAUCCUCGAUUCAUACAAUUCAGACAGCUGCCUCCUUUUGAAAACUGCUCUGUUUAGUUUUUCCUGGGUUUUCACAUUGCUGCCAAAAAUCUAUAUAAAGAUUCACAAUUCUCGAGUUUUUGCAUUCGAAAACCUGAAAAUAUUGAAUUUCUUUUUUGGUUGGAUUGAGAUUAAAAUUUAUCCUUUUCUUUUCCUCCUCUGAAAAAUGGCUGCUGCUUUGGGAUGCGCCUCUGCGUCUGGUUAUUGGGCUCAAUUUAGGGAUAAUGAUAUGUCAAGAAAAAAUUUGGGGAAUCAUAAUAAUAGAAAGGAAUUUAGGGUUUCGUGCAUCUCUUCUGCUGCUGUGUUUGAUUCUUACAAGACUUUGAGGAUUCAACCAGGUGCAUCUGAAUCCGAGGUUAAGAAAGCCUUCAGACAGCUUGCUCUUCAGUAUCAUCCUGAUGUCUGCAGAGGAAGCAACUGUGGAACCCAAUUUCACCAAAUUAACGAAGCAUAUGAUAUUGUGAUGAGCAAUUUGCGAGGAGAGACGGGGGCGGAAAUGUACCAAGAUUAUGACGAAGACGACGCGAUGAGGGGAAUAAACGAUCAAGAUUGGGAGCUCUGGGAGGAAUGGAUGGGAUGGGAAGGAGCUGGAAUCCGAGAUUACUCUUCUCACAUCAAUCCUUACAUCUGAUCUCUGCAAACUGCUAAAUACCAUCUUCUCUCAAAAAAGAAUAACCCAACAUCUUUCGCAAUAUUAACUUGUAAAGAUGUUUUGAGGUUACUGUAUUCUGUAUAUACCUACCAUUCUAUCAAAUAAUUGUAAUUAAAACCCAUCUCAAUCAAAUUUAUUAAUAUGUGUUUUCUCCAA